AUGCAUCCCUCCCCCUCCCCCCCUACCCCCCCCCCCCCAUCCCCGAACACCCUCCAUUCUCAGGCCUCCAAGCUGGGCCCCGGCUUUCCAGGCUUCCAGGCAUAUCACACGUCCGUGAAAAUUGAUGACUUGGAGUAUUCCUUCAGCGGUGACGGCAUUGUGGUGGGCCGUGGCUUGCCAAGCCAUGUUCGCAUGGCCGACAAACCGCAGGUCUUCCCCAUGGGCUUGACCAGGAUGUCUGGAGAGGACUUGAGAGAACAGUUGGGACGUUUUUUCAAGCGAGGCUCCUACGACUUGCUCAGGAAGAACUGCAAUUCUUUCACUGAUUGCGCUUUGUUCUUCCUCCUGGACUCCCGGCUGGACCCAAGCUAUCGAGGUCUGGAGCAGCUGGGGCACAUGGCUGAUCGACAAGCAGGUAUCAUACAGGCGAUCACCGAGGGCAACUACCGUCCCAAUCCAAACGCUGAUAAGUUUAGCGUGGAGCUUACAAUUGCGGAAAUCGACAAGCUCAAGUCGUCGGCCUUUGGGCUCCGAUGA